AUGGCCAAUGAUAGAGAAGUAUUGCGAGAAAUAUGGGACGGAAAACUGCCUAUUUGUUUUCAAUUGGCUCAAGAAGAGAUUAUGGAAAUACAACAACCUGAUCCAUUUUAUGUGAUGGUUCCACGACUAAGUUAUUUCCCUCUCGUGACGGAUAAGAUGAAAAGACAUUUUUUACGCUAUAUAUCUCAAGAAAACGCUGACAAUGAGAUGUGGUUAGAUUAUAAUGGACAACCCCUAAAAUGGCAUUACCCUAUAGGAUUUCUUUACGACUUAUAUUGUGGCCAUGAUCCUCAACUACCUUGGAAUUUAACUGUGCAUUUUAUGAAAUUCCCAGAAGAAAUCCUGCUUCGUUGUCCUAACAAGGAUGUUGUAGAAGCUCAUUUUAUGUCAACUAUAAAAGAAGCUGAUGUUCUAAAACACAGAGGGCAAGUUAUGUCCACCAUGCAGAAGAAGGAUCAUAAUCAGUUAUGGCUGGGCUUACAAAAUGAUAAGUUUGAUCAAUUUUGGGCUAUCAACAGGAGAUUAAUGGAAUCACACGGAGACAGUGAAGGAUUCAAACACAUUCCUAUAAAGAUAUAUUCUGAUGACGGCGUAUGUAAUCAACGUCUAGUCAGUCCCAAGAACACUGAUGGUAGUAGGAAAACUUUGCAGCAAAUGAUUACAGAACUCUAUCCAGAUAAAAAUAAUGUAAAAUUGAGAACACAUGGAGUGGUGAUUCCUCAUGAUACCCCACUACAAUGGCUUUCUGAACAUUUAAGCUAUCCAGACAACUUCCUUCAUUUAUGUGUAUUCUAA